AUGAAUUCGCCCCAAGCCCGCAAGAGAAAGUUCGCUAGACGGAGCAAGACAGGCUGCCAGUGGUGCAAACAGAAGCAUAUCCGAUGCGAUGAACAAAAGCCUGCCUGCAUGAGAUGCCGUCAAAGAGGGAACGAUUGCAUUUAUCCGACUCCUGACUGCGGACUGUCGCACAGUGAGGGUGAACGAAGCCCAAGCACCAACGCCAACAGCGGGACCCGCGUCACAAUUGUCGAACCUCGGCAGACCAUGGAAGAUUAUCCCGUACUGCUUAAUAGCCACACAGGAAGCUCUUCUGAAGUGCCUUUCCAGCCAGCUGUCACACAAUGCUACCCUGGCCUGGAAUUGUAUAGCGCCGUAGCAGGAGGUUUGAACGGUUGGCAAGCUGAGGGGGAAGUCCGCACCGAUCACCAUGCGCAUGGCCAGUUGGGUAUCCUGACUAUUCCCCAGCCCCAUGAAAUAAGGCUGGACCUCGUUCCUACGGCACAAUUGUCGGAUUUCGGGAUUCAAGCGAUGCCAUUUCCAACCAUAGAUGGCAGCGCGGCUACGGCAGAGGUCCACCCACAUCUGAAUAUGCAGGAUACUUUUUUCAACAUGGUUAUUCCUUAA